CGGCCGCGCCGGGCUCGGGCGCCGGGCCCCCCCUCCGGCUCCCGCGUGGUCGCGCCCGCUUUGUCAGCGCGGCGCUCGCCGGUUGCGCUCCAGCUCUCGCCAGCCCGCGGCAGACGGAGCCGCCGCCGCCGCCGCGUCCUCUCACGCCUCCCGGCCUCGGCUGCCCCGGACUUUCCCCGGCUCCCCGGCGGAGUGAGAAGCGGCUCGGGAGCAUCCGCCCGCUCCGCCCCGGCGGCCCGGUCGACUCGCCGGCCCCGGCCUCCGCCAGGCUCUGCUCCUCCGGCGCGCGCAGCGGCCGCGGCGGUUGUGGCGGCGGCGCCCGGCAUGUAUCAGAGCCCGCGGCGGCUCUGCUCCGCCCUGCUGCAGAGGGACGCCCCCGGCCUGCGCCGCCUGCCCGCGCCCGGGCUGCGCCGCCGCUCGCCCCCGCCCGCCAUCGUCCCCCGGCCCGCGUCUCCCCGGCUCCUGGCGGCGGUCUCGGCGGCCUCGGGCGCCGCGAGGUCGUGUUCCCGGACAGCCCCAGAGCACAGCUUGGCAAAGAUAUAAUGUCAUCCAAAGGAAUGUGGAACCGUGCUGUUGAAACGCGUCUACUUUGCGCUGCGUGUUCCAUGGGAAACGGCACAAGCAGACUCUACAGUGCUCUCGCCAAGACGCUGACCAGCAGCGCCGCCUCUCAGCACCCGGAGUAUUUGGUGUCACCUGACCCAGAACAUCUGGAGCCCAUUGAUCCUAAAGAGCUUCUUGAGGAGUGCAGGGCUGUCCUGCACACUCGACCACCCCGGUACCAGAGGGACUUUGUGGAUCUGAGGACAGAUUGCCCCAGUAGCCACCCACCCAUUAGGGUCAUGCAAUGGAACAUCCUCGCCCAAGCUCUUGGAGAGGGCAAGGACAACUUUGUACAAUGCCCCGUGGAAGCGCUCAGGUGGGAAGAGAGGAAGUGCCUCAUCCUGGAGGAGAUCCUCGCCUACCAGCCCGAUAUACUGUGCCUGCAGGAAGUGGACCACUACUUUGACACCUUCCACCCGCUCCUCAGUCGACUGGGCUACCAAGGCACCUUUUUCCCGAAGCCCUGGUCACCUUGUCUAGAUGUGGAACACAACAAUGGGCCAGAUGGCUGUGCCUUAUUUUUUCUGCAGAACCGCUUCAAGCUGGUCAACAGUGCCAAUAUCAGGCUGACGGCCAUGACGCUGAAAACCAACCAGGUGGCCAUUGCUCAGACCCUGGAGUGCAAGGAAUCCGGCCGGCAGUUCUGCAUCGCUGUCACCCACUUAAAAGCACGCACUGGCUGGGAGCGGUUUCGGUCGGCUCAGGGCUGUGACCUUCUCCAGAACCUGCAGAACAUCACCCAAGGUGCCAAGAUCCCCCUGAUUGUAUGUGGGGACUUCAACGCAGAGCCAACCGAAGAGGUCUACAAACACUUCGCUUCCUCCAGCCUCAACCUGAACAGCGCCUACAAGCUACUGAGCCCCGAUGGGCAGUCGGAGCCCCCCUACACCACCUGGAAGAUCCGGACCUCAGGGGAGUGCAGGCACACCCUGGACUACAUAUGGUAUUCCAAACACGCGCUGAGCGUCAGGUCGGCCCUCGACCUCCUCACCGAAGAACAGAUCGGACCCAACCGGCUUCCGUCCUUCAAUUACCCCUCAGACCACCUUUCUCUAGUGUGUGACUUCAGCUUUAAUGAGGAGCCUGGUGGAUCUUUAUAGAAGCUGAUCCGGUCUUUUUAAUCACAGGAGUCUUAACCAGGGAUGUUUCAGGAAACUGAAAUAGGCUAGGAAGUUGCCUGAGGAAGGGUUCCGGGUUCGGUCAUGUCACUUUCUGUGUUUCCAGCAUGCCCUUGGAAAAGAAGCCCAUUAGUUCACAAAACUUUCCAGUGAAAACCUAUAGCAAAAAAGGUGUUUGCACUCCAGUUUCGGCCUAUAUUAUUAUCCCUCCUUUAGCGUCACGUGUUCAAUCUGUCAUUUAAGGGCAUUCGGUUGGGCUUGUCUUGAAGCUUUUUCAGUUUGCAGAUACUUUAAAAACUUGCAGACUUGCUUGAGUCCUCUGUAGUUAACAUUAAGUAUGUAGGAAAAUUUCCCUAGACUGCAUUUCAAGUUAUUUAUUUGUGAGUUUUUCUAAUGUCAACAAGAUAUGCAUGGCAAUAUUUAUUUUUUUAUGUCUUCAUGUAAAACUAAAUAAAUUAUAGCAUUAUGAACAUUUUAGAACCAUGCAAAACACAUUAUAAAGUAACUUAUAGUAAUUUUCUUAAAGCUUUAAAAUGUUUAUCUGGUGGUCUAACAUUGUAUACAAAGCAGCUGUUCAGGGAGAGGGUUUUGUUAUUUAAGUGUAAGUAUCAGGACUCUGGUACAUUCUUCAUAAAUACUCCUCACUGUGCCUCCGUGUUUCCCAUUGUGUUUCUUGAGGAAAUUCCAGUUAGUUUUCCAUUGUUCAAUCACUGCUACAUAUUGUACUUUUUCCCAUUGGAAUAUUGGAAGUUAUCAUUUUUUUUUGGAAUGCAGUUUUCACAAUAAUUAUUUGGGAGCUGUUAUGUGGCAGUGGCUAAGAAAGCCAGGGGGACCUUCUUUUCAGAGAUGUGAAGGUUGUUUUUGUUUUUUGUUUUGUUUUGGUUUUUGGUUUUAGGUACUGGGAUUGAGCCCAAAGUGCUUUAGCACUAAGCUACAUCCCAGCCCUUUUUCUCGUUUGUUUUAAGACAGGGUUUUGCCGAGUUGCCCCGGCUGGCCUCAAACUGUGAUCCUCCUGCCUCAGCCUCCUGAGCUGCUGGGAUUACAGGUGCCACCUCUCUCAGCCAGAGAUGGGAAACUAUAGAAACCCUGUAAUUGGGCUGUCAUAGAAAUUUCCUAAGACAGCCAGAUGACCAUGGUUUAGAACAUCUACAAAGAAUGUAAGAAGUUAAAAGGUAACCUGCAAUUCUCAACCAUCAGAAAUAAAAGUAAUAAAGAUAGCAGGUGAAGCCUCUUCCAGACGACAUAAGCCAUCAGUCAUAACCUGGUAAAUGUUUUAUUGUAUGAGCUGUAAAUAUUUAAGAUUAAUAAAUGACCUUUUAAAGCU